AUGAUGGGUUGGGAGGUGGCUGUUCUAUGUUUCUGGGUCUCCUGCAGCGCUGCCGCCAAACACCUGGAGUACUCAGUGUUGGAGGAGACCGAGCGGGGCGUGGGGAUAGGCAAUGUCGCCACGGACUUGAAGUUGCCCGCGGCUGCGCUGUCCUUAAGGAACUUUCGCAUCCUUUCCCACCACCGGGAGCCCUACUUUGGAGUGGACCUGAGCAGCGGUAACUUGGUGGUCCGAGAGCCAGCGGACCGCGAGCGGCUGUGCGGGACCAAAGCUGCCUGCGUCUUGACCUAUGAACUAAUGUUCGAGAACCCUCUGGAACUGCACAAGAUGCGUGUUCAUGUCCUGGAUACCAAUGACAACUCACCUCAUUUUCCUGCCGGCGAUGUGCAGCUGCACAUCCCGGAGUUUCUGACACCCGGAGCCCGCUUUACUCUCCCUAAUGCCCAAGAUGCUGAUGAGGGAAGUAACGGGAUGCUAAGCUACAGCCUAAGCCCCAGUCAGCACUUUCGCCUGGACAUGGGGUCGCGGGUUGACGGCAGCGAAUACCCGGAGUUGGUGUUGGAGAAAGCGCUGGAUCGGGAGCAGCUUGCCACCCAUCUACUGGUCCUCACAGCUCAGGAUGGUGGGCUGCCUGCGCGCUCCGCAGACGCACAAGUCACCAUCAUCGUGGUGGACACAAACGACAACGCACCUGUGUUUGAGCGCUCUGUAUACCGUACCAAGGUUCCAGAGACUGCACCAAUUGGGACUGUGUUACUCCAGGUUCGGGCCUCGGAUCCAGAUGAAGGCUCUAAUGGUGAAGUCUGGUACUCCUUAAGCAAUAGCACUCAAGCAGAGCUGCGACAUAUUUUUCACAUACAUCCUAAAAGUGGGGAGGUGCAGGUAACUGCUUCACUAGGUGCACCAGAAACGCUGUUGGAGGCAUACAUUGAGGCAAGGGAUGAAGGUGCCUUCGGUCUAGUAAGCACUGCCAAACUGCUGGUGGAGGUGACCGAUGUGAAUGAUCAUGCCCCGGAGGUGGACUUCAUGACUAUCUCCAGCUCAGUUCCAGAGGAUGCUGCUCCUGGCACAGUGAUUGCUCUCCUUAGUGUAAAGGAUGAGGACCUUGGUCCCAAUGGUAGAGUCACUUGUAGCAUGUCCAGCAGAGGCCCUUUUCAGCUGAAGGCUUCCUUUGACAACUACUACAGCCUGCUGACUGAUGGGCCUCUCGACCACGAACAGAUGAGCGAAUACCAGGUCCUGAUCACUGCCUCAGAUGGUGGCUCACCCCCACUCAGCACCCAAAGGACUCUCACUGUGUCAGUUGCUGAUGUAAAUGACAAUACACCAAGAUUUCCUCAACCACAACAAGAACUUUUUGUGGCUGAAAACAAUGGCCCUGGGGCCUCUUUAGGUCGUGUGUUUGCCCAGGACCCAGACCAGGGGGAAAAUGGCCUUGUCUUUUAUGAACUGUUGGAUACUCUUAAUUCUGAAGGGAUGCCAGCCUCGAGCUUGGUGGCAGUGGAACCAUCCAGUGGGGAGAUCACUGCCAAAAUUUCCUUUGACUUUGAGAAACUCAGGGUAUUUCACUUCCAAGUGGAAGGCCGGGAUGGUGGCAUUCCUCCCAGAAGUGCAACAGUGACCGUAAACUUGUUUGUGGUAGACAGGAAUGAUAAUGCGCCAGUCAUCUUGUUUCCCUUGCCUAGGAAUGGCUCUAUCCCAGUGGAAGUUGUGCCCCACUCUGCCAGAACAGGACACUUGAUCACAAAAGUGGUAGCAGAGGAUGCAGACAGUGGUUCCAAUGCCUGGCUCUCAUACCACAUCUCUCAGGCUUCUGACUCUAGUCUUUUCAGAAUUUCAGCCAAUAUGGGAGAGCUUCGUACUGCACGCUUAGUUCUGUCUACAGAUGCAAUUAAGCAGAGGGUGGUGGUAGUGGUUCAGGACCAUGGUGACCCACCACUUUCCUCCUCUGUCAUUCUGGGUGUACUUUUAAGCAAUUCUGUGCCUCAGGUCCUUCCAGAUUUUGAAGAUGUCUGGGAACCAGGAGGGCAACUUUCUACCCAGAACUUGUACUUAGUAAUUGCCUUGGCCUGCAUUUCUUUCAUAUUUCUGGGGUGCUUACUUUUCUUCAUGUGUAUCAAGUUGAGCCAGAGCCCAGGUUAUUCCUCUCAAAGCUGCUGUCACUCUUCAGAGGAUCUGAGGCAUGGAAGGAAGAUGGCUUCUAAUCCUUGUAUGACUUCAGCCACAGUAGAUGUCACUACAGUAGAGAGACUUACUCAGACAUAUCUCUAUCGGGCCUCUCUGGGAAUUGGUUCUAAUAAUAACAGUUUGCUGUUGCGGGGGGAGCAUAAUGCUGCUGACCUGAGAAAUCUGGCCACUGGGGUAAGACUGAAUUUGCCAGUCUCCUGCAUUCAGAUUCCAAAUAGGAAAGGGGAUCAUGCAAAUUUCAAUGCCAUGGUAAGCAAAUUUUAUGGGAUUUGA